CGAUCUGUGUCUGACUGUGUCCAUGAUGCGCUGCCUCGUUCAGAAGAAAACAUGCCUCAUCAUUUUAUCUUCACUGCUACUGUUCGCCCUCCUCCGCUAUUGGACUCGAAGGGCCACCACCCCUGUUGACGUGGGACCAGGUCAGAGCUACAAGGCACAGAAGGUUCUGAAGGAGAGGCUACAAAAUGUCCAGAAUAGUUAUGACAAUAUCCCAUAUGUCCUGAAGGAAAGUGUGGCAGGGCGUCUGGCACUGAACGAGUGUGUUUGUGAGGCAGAUAAGAAGCCUGCCAUCGACCUGCCUUUUGCCCAAGUGCUGUUCCCCCGUGUCUGGGCCCAGGAUGACUUCCACACAGCCUUCCAGGAGGCAGAGCUGGCUCAGGUGAAAAGUCGCAGGCAGCAGGAGUACAACAGCUUCCAGCAGAGGUACCAGACUCCCGCAGACCUCCUUGUUAUAGCAGAAGCCAACAGUCCCCUGCAGUACCCUACCCAGGGGGUGGAGGUUCGCCCUCUCAAGACAAUCGUUAUCCCUGGGUUGGGUCUGAAAGAAAAGCAUAGACAACUUCAUACAGUGAAUCUGACUGCUACCCUGGGGACAUUUGAUGUGUUAGCCACCGUAGACGGGGUCUCCAUUAGAGGACAGGGAGUGAUGCACAUGACUUUGUCCAGUAGACUCCUCUCCACUCUGAACAGACAGCUACAGUUUGUCACCUACACCAACACCUUGUUCCACCCUAGGACGGCUGAUACAGUGCAGUUUGAGACUGAUGGACACCAGUCCGUUUUUACCAUAAAGGUUGGACAUGCUGUUAUUCCCAAGCUCUAUCACGCAGGUUACACUGGAGAAUUCAGCAUAAGCUCACUUGUCACCAUAGCUACCAAGACAUUUCUGCGUUAUGACAAACUGCAGGAUCUGAUUGACAGCAUACGGGAGUUCUACCCCACCAUCGCCAUAGUGAUAGCAGAUGACAACGAGCACCCCCAGCCAGUGAUAGGUCCACACAUUGAACAUUACAUAAUGCCGUUUGGGAAGGGUUGGUUUGCAGGGAGGAAUCUGGCUGUCUCUCAGGUGACCACCAAGUAUGUGCUGUGGGUGGACGAUGACUUCCUCUUCACCUCCAACACCAGGCUGGAGAAUAUGGUGGAGAUCCUGGAGAAGACCACCCUGGACAUGGUGGGUGGUGCUGUGAGAGAAGCUACAGGCUACACUGCUACUUACCGCCACACCAUCUCAGUGGAGGAAGGGGGUGAGGAGGGGGACUGUAUACACAUCAGAAAUGGAUACCAUCAUGUCAUUGAGGGCUUUCCUAACUGUGUCCUAGCUGACGCUGUUAUCAACUUCUUCAUGGGGAGGACAGACAAGAUGCAACAAGUGGGAUUCGAUCCUCGUCUGAACCGUGUGGCUCAUCUAGAGUUCUUCAUCGACGGGCUCGGGAUUCUCCACAUAGCUUCCUGUGAUGACAUCAUCAUAAACCAUGCAUCUAAGAUCAAAUUGCCAUGGGGCAAGUCGGACAGUGAGAAGGCCUACGCCAAGUUCCGCUACUCCUCAUCGGAUGCUGCCCAAAUCAAAAAUGCCCUUUUUUACUUCAAGAACAGACUCAAAUGCAUGUCUAGUAACUGAAACAGGCUCUACAAGCUAUCACUUGAGGUUUUAAAACUGAGGUUUUUAUUUUUGUUACACUGAGUAGCCAUUUUUUGUCAUCACCAGAGGUGUCAUGCCCAUAGGGGGCAUAGGGGCACGUCCCCCCCCUCGGAUUGUAUUUUUUGCAUGUCAUUUUUGUUGUUGUUUCUCUACUACUAGCCACCAAUGAUUUUUAUGAGGUUGGCUUUAGCUAAUCCAGAUUGGGAACCUCUCCAACCUCAUAACUAGCUAACAACAAGAAGCCAUUUCCAGAUAUCAAUCAAGCUAGCGUAGCUGGAAUGCCUGCUGACAAGGUUUGUAUACUUUAGAAAAGAACGCAACAACUAAAUACACUGAAUAAGACUCACAUUCCUUUCAAUCUUUUACCCAGGUUUUAGCAGAGAUGCAGAGAAGCAUAUUUAUCACCAGUCAGGAGGAUACAGACUGCUCAAGAGGGUAUGCUAAGUAACCAGUAAAAUAUACAUAUUUUUAAAUAUAUAUUAAGCGUAAUGAUUACAGCUAUAGAUGGCAGGAAAAAGCUGUUUCGGGUUUUUGGAACAAAUGUAAAAUCUCCAACUUCCAGACGAGGAACAUAACCCCCCCAGCCAUCCUCGUGUACUUUGUGCCCACUCUGAUUUUUGGGGUGCAUGAUGCCCCUGGUCACCACCACAGUAUUUGUUGUGGACACAGUGACUGUGUGGAAACAAACAUUGAAAGUGAAGAACCAAGCCAAUGAGCCUCUCCUUUGUCUGUGCGGAUCAGGCUUUGGUCAAGGUGUGUUUCCAUCGUAGAGAAUGAUGGAGACCUUUCUAUAUGUCCCAUUAUGACACCUGGGAGCGCACGGGCAGCGCCAUUUAUUUAUAUACUUUUUUGGUCUUUAUGAAACUGGUAUGCUUUUUUACUUAUUUUCUUUAACCAAUGUUGGUCUUUAAUGCAGAGACGACAGACAAGUUCCUUACUUUUCCCCCCUUCCACUUGCCUUUUCCAUUUUUGCAGUAA